CCUGUUUAAUGAUAACUUUUACUAACCAACUGAAAAUGUUUUCCUGAAAGUGAAAUCUAUUACAUAUAAUCUACACAUCAUUCAAUACUAAAUAUACAUCUUAAUACACAUGUAAACCAAAUUCUGUCCUUUUAUUAAUUUGAUUGCUAAUGUUGUUUUUAAUGUCAUACAUUUAAAGUCCAUUAACUCUGACUCCCUUAGCAGUGUGCUGACUACUGAACUAGAGCUGAUUAUUUGUGUUAAUUAUUCUCAUCUUAAUCACAGAUAAACUGAGGUCCAUGUGAAACUUUUAUAAAGAUGGAGUUUAUUAAAGAGGAAAGAGAAGACGUGAAGAUUGAAGACACAUUCAGAGUCAAACAUGAAGAGACUGAGGAACAAACAGACCUGAUGGCACUGAAAGAGGAGAGUCAAGGACUGAAUGAAACGGAAGAGAAAGAUAAAAAUGAGAAACAUCAUGAUUUCAAAACUGAAGAAAAAUCAAUUAGUUGUUCACAGACUGAAAAGACUCAGAAAUUACAAACUAAAACCCUUAAUUACAACAUAAUUCACAUUGGAGAGAAACCUUACACCUGCAAAAUGUGUGGAAAGUGUUUUACACAUAAAAAUAACCUUAAUGUCCACAUGAGAAUUCACACUGGAGAGAAACCUUACACCUGCAAAGUGUGUGGAAAGUGUUUUACUCUGAAAAAUCACCUUAAUGUCCACAAGAGAAUUCACAGUGAAGAGAAACCAUUCAUAUGCCCUCAUUGUGGAAAGAGAUUUAAACAGAAAAAUACCCUUAAUGUCCACAUGAGAAUUCACACUGGAGAGAAACCUUACACCUGUGAGCUGUGUGGAAAGUGUUUUACACAUAAAAAUACCCUUAAUGUCCACAAGAGAAUUCACACUGGAGAGAGACCUUACACCUGCAAAUUGUGUGGAAAGUGUUUUGCACAUAAACGUACCCUUAAUGUCCACAUGAAUAUUCACACUGGAAAGAAACCUUACACCUGUAAAGUGUGUGGAAAGUGUUUUACACAGAAAUAUCAGCUUAAUGUCCACAAGAGAAUUCACAGUGAAGAGAAACCAUUCAUAUGCCCUCAGUGUGGAAAGAGAUUUAAACAGAAAAAUAGCCUUAAUGUCCACAAGAGAAUUCACACUGGAGAGAAACCUCACACCUGUGAGCUGUGUGAGAAGAGUUUCACACGAUUUGGAGAGCUUAAGAUUCACAAGAGAAUUCACACUGGAGAGAAACCAUUCUUAUGCCCUCAGUGUGGAAAGAGAUUUACACAGAAAUAUACCCUUAAUGUCCACAUGAGAAUUCACACUGGACAGAAACCUUACACUUGCAAAGUGUGUGGAAAGUGUUUUACUCUGAAAAGUCACCUUAAUGCCCACAAGAGAAUUCACACUGGAGAGAAACCAUUCAUAUGCCCUCAGUGUGGGAAGAGAUUUAAACAGAAAAAUACCCUUAAUGUCCACAUGAGAAUUCACACUGGAGAGAAACCUUACACCUGCAAAUUGUGUGGAAAGUGUUUUACACAUAAAAAUACCCUUAAUGGCCACAUGAGAAUUCACACUGGAGAGAAACCUUACACCUGCAAAAUUUGUGGAGAGUGUUUUACACAGAAAAAUCACCUUAAUGUCCACAUGAGUAUUCACACUGGAGAGAAACCUUUUAUCUGCAAACUCUGUGGAAAGAAUUUCUCACAUAACAUAUACCUAAAGAAUCACAUGAGGAUUCACAACUAGAGAGAAUCCGUUCGCAUGUGGUCAGUGUGGAUAGAGUUUCAGAUAUAAAGAAAGCCUUAAUAAUCACAUUAAGUUUCAUUCAAGAGAGAACAGUUUUAAAUGUCAUCAGUGUGAAAUGAGUUUCACAGAGAGGAAACAUCUUAAGAAUCAUGUUAAAAUUCACGUCUGAGAAAAGCCUUUACUGUGCCAUCUCUGUGGAAAGAGAACUUUGCUCAACUGGAGGACACCUCGAGAAACACUUGAGAAUUCGGCUGGUCUCCAUGUUUGGAAACCUAUAGUCCCAGUCAAAAUCAGUCAGUCCAGUAUGGGAUGACAAUAGCAAAGAAAAUACUAUUUUGAAGAUGUGAAAAAGUUUGUACACAAAUUUGAGAUGUGGCUAACAGAGUUUAGCAGUGUGCUACAUAUGGAGAAAUUCUGAUGUGAAAUUGCUGGUAAACUGAAGAGAUUCUUACAGAUAUGGAAACCCUUUUAAAUAUCUUGAAGGUGAUAACUGAUUAUUAAUUUCAACACUCUAGACAAGGGAUAGGCAAUGAUGGUUCUGGGUACCACUGUCCUGCAGAUUUUAGGUCCAACCCUAAUCAAACACACCUGAACAAGCUAAUUAAAGUCUACAAAGUUACAAGGGCUACAGGCAGGUGUUGGUUUUUUCAAGGUUUGAGGUAAACUCUGUAGGACAUCGUCACUCCAGGACCACAUUGCCUAUCCCUGAUCUGGACAUAUUCUCUGUGUGGUGUGAAAGAGUAUGUCUAGUAAGGUUAUCAAGCAGCUAUUGAAUAAUUGGAUAAUAUUUUGUACUGGAAUUUUAUUUUAUA